GCUGUCAUUUUAUUUCAAGUUGAGGAUGGAUAUUUUCUUAUUAUAUUGUCAUUAAUGGCUUCAUCAAUGCAAAAUAAUAGAGUUUCGCCUCCGGGUUACUGCGUAUGUUGCAGAACGUGCAACAUGUGGUGCUGGAGAGCGUUUAAAUGGCUCCCCGUGUUGUUAAUAGUGUCGAUCGUGACAUGGUCUUAUUAUGCCUACGUUAUACAGUUGUGCAUUUUUACUAUUGAGAGUACGGUGCAACAAUGUAUAUACCUCGUACUUUAUCAUAUUUUGCUGAUAAUGUUUGCGUGGUCCUAUUGGCGGACAAUUUUUGCUGAUAUCAAACCAAUUCCAGAAAAGUAUAAAUUACCAGAAGCGGAAUUGGAAAAGUUGCUUAGUGCAGAAACGGAGGAUGCACAGAGGACAAUUUUAGAGAACUUUGCUAAAGAUCUCCCUAUCGUCACCAGAACAAUGUCAGGUUCUGUCCGGUACUGCAAUCGCUGUGUGCUAGUGAAGCCAGACCGAGCUCAUCACUGCAGUAUCUGUUCGAGAUGCGUGCUCAAGAUGGAUCACCACUGCCCUUGGGUCAACAAUUGUGUCUGCUUCCACAAUUACAAGUUCUUCAUGCUUUUCCUCGGCUAUGCACUCUUGUACUGUCUGUUCAUCAUGUCGACGUGUCUACCUUACUUCAUUAGAUUUUGGAAGAUGUAUCAGGAAUACAAGCAUGCCCACUGCGAUAAAUUGUUCGACAUCGGCACAUUUUCUAAACAGUGCAUGGAUUUGAAUGGUGAUUUCGGGAUGUCAGGCAGCGCAGGACGGUAUCAUAUAGUGUUUGCGUUUUUCGUUGCACUUAUGUUUGCUAUCUCGCUUGGGUCUCUAUUCGGAUACCACUGCUAUCUCGUCGCACACAACAGAACUACCUUAGAAGCGUUCCGAGCACCGAUGUUCCGGGGAGGUGCGGACAAGAACGGCUUCUCAAUGGGAGCUUACAAUAACUUUAAGGAGGUGUUCGGCAACAGUCCGAAUAAGUGGGUAGUGCCGGUCUUUACAAGCCUCGGGGACGGGUGCGAGUACCCGGUGCGGCGCGAGCACCAGCUGCAGACGUUCAGCGCGCCGCAAGACGCGCUCGGCUACGACUCUAUGGGCAUCACGCGCUCCAGCUUCGGUGAUGGCAUCGUGUACCCGCUACCUCAGCAAGACGAAGACACGGAGUCCUUACUCAGUUCGGAAAGAUGGGACCGUUGGGGGGAGAGAGCUCGACCCUUCGACGAACGGGAGAGUUCAUCGUUCGACGAACUAUGAGUGUAGGCGGCCACGUGUUGAUGCAGGCUUUUGCGUACUCUGACCUCUAACCGUCGGGACUACAUUUCGACUUUCAACUACAACUUGCUUUUGUCUGUUGACAUGCUGAAUGUUUAUAAUGUUCUUACAUGCCAGAGGUUAUAAUAUGAAUUUUUCAGAGACAUUAAUAAAUAAUAAAUAAUGGUUUAUUUAUAUGUCAACUCGGUACCAAUAUAGAAAUGUGUGUAUUUUAUAAUUAAUUCCCGUCAUAUUGUGCACCCUGAUUCCUACCAUGGCUGGCCAGUAAUAGAAAACUAUACUUCAAACUUUGAUUGCUACAUCUAAUUUGAAAGUGUUACUAUAAGGUAUAGUUUAUAUUUAAAUGUGUUUCGGACUUCGGUACAUGUAUAUUGUGUAUUUGAGUGUACGUAUUAAGGUAUAUUUAUAUUUAUGAAUUGAUUGUCUUUGCGUAUCAAUAGAUUUUAAUUAUGUUUAUAUUGAAAAUCGCUAAUAGCAUUCCACUUGAUGAGUAAUUGUAGAAUAUUACAAGCCUGCAUUGUAAAUAUGUGGCCAUUAGUGAAGUCUAUCGUCUGCUGAUGGAUUAAAAUAUUAGGUUAAUUGGUGCUGUAGUAUUUGUAUAGGAUAUAAUUUGUUAGAUAAUAGAUUAAAUUAGACGACAGGAUUACUGAGGGCAAACGGCAAAAUAUUAAUUAUAUGUAAUUUGACACCAUAUAAAUAUAAUAAUGAUACCGAAUUAAAGCAGUUUGCAUUUCUAAAUCAAUUGCUUGAAUUCGUUUUUUUUUUAUGUAGAUAAUUAAAAAAUCUUAGAGAGCUUUUAAGAAGUAAUGUGACAAAGAAAUCGAUUUGAAGUACCUCAAAUUAGAAAAAAACAGAUUAAAUAUGACGAUUUAUAGUUUUAUAAAUUUAAUUUGAAAGUAAACAGCUGAUUCAAACUUUUUUAGAGUUUUAUAAAAAUUAGAUAAUCAUGAUAAAUAUAAUGAUUUUUUCCUUAUUUAUUCUUGCUUGUAAAUAUAAAUUGCUUACGAUUUUGUAAUAAGACUGCUAACGAUAUUUGUUAGAGGGAAAAAAUUAUAAAGUAGUUAUGACCUUUAUAUAAUAUGUAUAUCUAUAUUUAUGUUUUGAAUGUCGGUACCAGAAGUAUUUUAUUACAAACACUAGUACCAGUAAGUACCUUUCAAGUGUGCCUGCUAUAGCUAUUUUGACCUAAGGACUACAGACUUUUUAAUAAGUAGUUAUAGUAGUAAAUAAUACAUUAUCGGUCAAUAAAUUAAGUUUUUUUUUCAUACUUAAUGUGUAAUGACGCAAAUGCAACAAGUUCAAAUUUAAUGUAUACAUUUAUAGUCUUUGGUGACCUCCCAGUUGCAAUGAUCUCAGAAAUCAACGAUUGACAAGUAAAAAUGUUGCAAGAAUAAAUGUUUUAAUUUUCGAUAUAGUAAUAUUUCAUACAUUUUUGUUUUUUUUUUUUUUUUAUUAAUUAUUAAAAGUCCAAUUGAUAUUUGGUGCCUUACAAAUUUGUAUUUUGCUAAAAUGAAUUAGGUGCAAUACAAAAUAAAAUAUCGUUUUAGGAUUAAUUUAAUUAUUUGCUAUGAUGCGAGGUUAAAAGUUAAAACGACUGAAGCGUCUAUCUAAAUAUCACAAACAUUUUCGGUGAUAGCAAAAAAGAUUUGCCAUUUAAUUUAGAACAAUUGAUAUUAACUGUCUGAAAGAAAUUCUACGCUUAUUUUUUUUUGUGUCAAUGUAAUUGGUUUGUUCUUAAUGUUUACGUCAUUGAGACAAUAAAAUAUUUUUUAUUAAAAAUGAUUCAUUUGUUCCCCGAUGAGCUCAAUGAAUAUUAGUA